AUGACGAUGAGGAGGAUGAUGAAGAUGGACAGUCGGGUUCUGCCGCUACACGCGCUCACGCUGUGCUGCCUCCUGCACGCCUCCCUCCAGGGCGUCCACCAGCGCAGACUGUACAGAGACCUGAUGCAGGACUAUAAUCCUCUGGAGCGUCCGGUUCAGAACGACUCCCACAGCCUCACGGUUCACUUCAGCUUCAGCCUCCUGCAGAUCAUGGACGUGCCAGAGUCUGUAGUUUCAUCUCUGCGCUCCAUUGCCCUCUUGCCCAUUAGCAAGAGCACAUUCUUCAUCAAGCUGACGGUUCCUCUCCUCCUGCCUCCCCUCCUGCCUCUCCUCCCCUCCCCUCCUGCCUCCCCUCCCCUCCUGCCUCUCCUCCCCUCCCCUUCUGCCUCCCCUCCAUCUUCUCCCUCUCCUGCCUCCCCUCCUCUCCUGCCUCCCCUCCUACCUCCCUCUCCUGCCUCCCCUCCAUCUUCUCCCUCUCCUGCCUCCCCUCCUCUCCUGCCUCCCCUCCUACCUCCCUCUCCUGCCUCCCCUCCAUCUUCUCCCUCUCCUGCCUCCCCUCCUCUCCUGCCUCCCCUCCCCUCCUGCCUCCCCUCUCCACAUGCCUCUCCUCACCUCCCCUCCCCUCCUGCCUCUCCUCCUGCCCCUCCUCCCCUCCCCUCCUGCCUCCCCUCCAUCUUCUCCCUCUCCUGCCUCCCCUCCCCUCCUGCCUCCCUCUCCUGCCUCCCCUCCGUCUUCUCCCUCUCCUGCCUCCCCUCCGUCUUCUCCCUCUCCUGCCUCCCCUCCAUCUUCUCCCUCUCCUGCCUCCCCUCCACUCCCCUCCUCUCCUGCCUCCCCUCCAUCUUCUCCCUCUCCUGCCUUCCCUCCCCUCCUGCCUCCCUCUCCUGCCUCCCCUCCAUCUUCUCCCUCUCCUGCCUCCCCUCCUCUCCUGCCUCCCCUCCCCUCCUGCCUCCCCUCUCCACAUGCCUCUCCUCACCUCCCCUCCCCUCCUGCCUCUCCUCCCCUCUCCUCCUGCCCCUCCUCCCCUCCCCUCCUGCCUCCCCUCCAUCUUCUCCCUCUCCUGCCUCCCUCUCCUGCCUCCCCUCCGUCUUCUCCCUCUCCUGCCUCCCCUCCAACUUCUCCCUCUCCUGCCUCCCUUCCCCUCCUGCCUCCCUUCCCCUCCUGCCUCCCCUCCCCUCCUCUCCUGCCUCCCCUCCCUCUCCUGCCUCCCUUCCCCUCCUGCCUCCCCUCCCCUCCUCUCCUGCCUCCCCUCCCUCUCCUGCCUCCCCUCCCUCUCCUGCCUCCCCUCCUCUCCUGCCUCCCCUCCCUCUCCUGCCUCCCCUCCCUCUCCUGCCUCCCCUCCCUCUCCUGCCUCCCUUCCCCUCCUGCCUCCCCUCCCCUCCUCUCCUGCCUCCCCCUCCCUCUCCUGCCUCCCCUCCCUCUCCUGCCUCCCCUCCCUCUCCUGCCUCCCCUCCCCUCCUGCCUCCCUCUCCUGCCUCCCCUCCAUCUUCUCCCUCUCCUGCCUUCCCUCCCCUCCUGCCUCCCCUCCACUCCCCUCCUCUCCUGCCUCCCCUCCAUCUUCUCCCUCUCCUGCCUUCCCUCCCCUCCUGCCUCCCUCUCCUGCCUCCCCUCCAUCUUCUCCCUCUCCUGCCUCCCCUCCUCUCCUGCCUCCCCUCCUCUCCUGCCUCCCCUCCUCUCCUGCCUCCCCUCCCCUCCUGCCUCCCCUCUCCACAUGCCUCUCCUCACCUCCCCUCCCCUCCUGCCUCUCCUCCCCUCUCCUCCUGCCCCUCCUCCCCUCCCCUCCUGCCUCCCCUCCAUCUUCUCCCUCUCCUGCCUCCCUCUCCUGCCUCCCCUCCGUCUUCUCCCUCUCCUGCCUCCCCUCCAACUUCUCCCUCUCCUGCCUCCCUUCCCCUCCUGCCUCCCUUCCCCUCCUGCCUCCCCUCCCCUCCUCUCCUGCCUCCCCUCCCUCUCCUGCCUCCCUUCCCCUCCUGCCUCCCCUCCCCUCCUCUCCUGCCUCCCCUCCCUCUCCUGCCUCCCCUCCCUCUCCUGCCUCCCCUCCUCUCCUGCCUCCCCUCCCUCUCCUGCCUCCCCUCCCUCUCCUGCCUCCCCUCCCUCUCCUGCCUCCCUUCCCCUCCUGCCUCCCCUCCCCUCCUCUCCUGCCUCCCCUCCCUCUCCUGCCUCCCCUCCCUCUCCUGCCUCCCCUCCCUCUCCUGCCUCCCUUCCCCUCCUGCCUCCCUUCCCCUCCUGCCUCCCCUCCCCUCCUCUCCUGCCUCCCCUCCCUCUCCUGCCUCCCCUCCUCUCCUGCCUCCCCUCCCUCUCCUGCCUCCCCUCCCUCUCCUGCCUCCCCUCCUCUCCUGCCUCCCCUCCCUCUCCUCUCCUGCCUCCCCUCCUCUCCUGCCUCCCCUCCCUCUCCUGCCUCCUCUCCUGCCUCCCCUCCCUCUCCUGCCUCCCCUCCCUCUCCUGCCUCCUCUCCUGCCUCCCCUCCCUCUCCUGCCUCCCCUCCCUCUCCUGCCUCCUCUCCUGCCUCCCCUCCCUCUCCUGCCUCCCCUCCCUCUCCUGCCUCCCCUCCCUCUCCUGCCUCCCCUCCUCUCCUGCCUCCCCUCCCUCUCCUGCCUCCCCUCCCUCUCCUGCCUCCCCUCCCUCUCCUGCCUCCCCUCCCUCUCCCGCCUCCCCUCCCCUCCUGCCUCCCCAUCUCCUCAACAGUGA